ACAUGUGAUUGGGAACUUCUUGAGAAUAUGGUCGGUGUACUCAAUCUACAGAUAUUUGUCUAAGACAGGAGCUUCGGUUGUACUUUUUAUCUUCAGUUGUGUUGCUUUAUCGUCAAUUAUCUUUUUAGUUCUACAAAAGCCGUGGAUGGGGAGACCGCUAUCAAAUACACAUGUUGUAUCUUCAGUUAUUAACGGUGGGAUUACAGCUUUAUACUAUAUCUUAUGGGGAAUAGGUCUCAAAUCCUGUGGACCUGUUAGGGCUAUUUUGGCGGAGUAUUCGGGUGUUGUUCUUGGAGUACUUUCUGCAGCGUUGUAUGGAAGGAGAGGUCAUAUCUUUAAAAAGGUUGGUGGGCUUUUUGCAAUGUUAGCUUCGUUCUACUUCUUGUCUCAAGGAUGGGCCAUGGCCACAUAUUCUCCGUUCUCAUUUAACGAUAGCCCUAUCAGCGAGGGCCAGACAGAGCAAGUAUUGGCUCGGCUCAAGCUCAACUUAAAGUUAAAUGAGGAAGCUUGCCUCGUGUCACGGCCCCAGCCCCGGUUUGACCCGGUCAGGAGCCGCGAGACAGGAACCCGUGGUAUUUAAUUGAUGCGACAGCGGAA